GCACAAUGUUGUGGCUCGGCCUCGCCGUCUGUAGCAAGGAUAUAAACAACGUGUUCGUGGCGUUCCUCCCGUCGCUGUCUUUGUCGUCUCGGCCCUCCGCCUCGUCACUGGACGCGGCGCUGACCACACUGCAGUGCUGGCCGCUUGCCUUAUCUGCCACUCGAGGCCGAACCCUUGAUGGGAGAAUAAAACGUGAACCCGUCGCGCGGACGGGUCUUGUGGCAACACAGCUGUCGUCCAAGAUGGCAGCCGUCAGCACCAUGCUUCGCGCUGCAACCCUCCUCGCCGUUCUGGCGAUUGCCUGUGGGGCGUUCACCAGGGUGCCCUUGUACCGCACGGAGUCUGUCCGCCAUCAGCUCCGUGACGUCGACAUUUCGUCUCAACCGCUUCAAAUGAAGUAUGGAGUUGCGUCCACCCCAUCGGGCCACGUCUCUCUUUCCAACUACAUGAAUGCCCAGUACUUCGGACCCAUCAGCAUUGGUACUCCACCCCAGAGCUUCCGCGUCAUCUUCGACACUGGCUCCUCCAACUUGUGGGUGCCCUCCAAGAAGUGCCACUUCUGGAACAUUGCCUGCCUGAUGCACAAGAAGUACAACAGCCGCAAGUCGAGCACCUACAAGAAGAACGGCAAGAAGUUCGCCAUCCAUUACGGAUCUGGCAGCCUCUCCGGCUUCUACUCUUCUGACACAGUGACCAUCGGUGGCGUCUCGGCCAAGGACCAGAUCUUCGCCGAGGCCACCAACGAGCCUGGCAUGACCUUCGUCGCUGCCAAGUUCGACGGCAUCCUUGGUAUGGGAUACAGGACCAUCUCCGUCGGCGGUGUCACGCCCGUGUUCGACAACCUGGUCGAGCAGGGAGCCGUUGACGACGCUGUCUUCUCUUUCUACUUGAGCAGGGACGCCGCCUCUGGCGACAAGGGUGGCGAGCUGAUCCUUGGCGGUUCCGACCCCGAGCUCUACAAGGGCAACUUCACCUACGUGCCCGUGACCAGGCAGGGCUACUGGCAGUUCGCCGUGGACGGCAUCUCCGUCCAGGGCAAGACCUUCUGCGAGGGUGGCUGCCAGGCCAUCGCCGACACCGGCACCUCCCUCAUCGCCGGUCCCGUCGCCGAGGUCAACAAGCUCAACGAGCUCAUCGGUGGCACCAAGAUCGUCGGCGGAGAGUACAUGAUCGACUGCAGCAAGCUCGACAGUCUGCCCAAGCUGGACUUCGUCAUCAACGGAAAGACCUUCACCCUGGAGGGCAAGGACUACGUCCUGCAGAUCUCUCAGAUGGGCCAGUCCAUGUGCCUCUCUGGUUUCAUGGGUAUGGACAUCGCUCCCCCCGCUGGUCCCCUGUGGAUCUUGGGAGAUGUCUUCAUCGGCAAAUACUACACCGAGUUCGACAUGAAGAACAACCGCGUUGGCUUUGCUGAGGCCAAGUAAACGAUGUCUUUUCUGGAAGACGUUGUGUGUACAUAAAUAACGAGAAACGACAGAAUUUGUGAUUAAAUUGUGAUCAACUCGUAA